AUGUACGCUGACGGAUAUUAUCAAAGCCCAUUGGGCACGCCUCCUACGACAUCAGACUCAUCCAAGUUACACUAUCACAAGGUGGGGCGGAAUAAUACCCCUCCAUUAGUCAAUGGAUAUUUCACUCCUCCGCAGAGUCGUGAGAACUCCCCAUCAUUGCGUGCAAUUUCUCCGAACCCUCAGAGCCGGAAUCAUUCACCUCUCCCAUCUGUGCGAGAUGGUUCACCAACCCCAUCACAUCACAACGUGCGGAGAUCCAGAACAAAUUCCGGAUCAAGAUUUUCUAGGGCACCAUCGCCGAUGCAGAGGGAGAACUCUUUUGAAAGUAGACGAUUUACACCCGAGCCAAUUGAGAUUGCAAUUCCUCCUCCUAUUCAGUUUGGUGGAGAGCAGGGAACAUUCGGACGUGCAGACAGCCGCAAAUAUCAAAAGCCUCUUACUCUCCCCACACCACCCGAGUCUGUAAAGGAUACCAACUCCCAAAAAAGCCGUUAUCGAAGAUCAGAUGAAUCCAUAAUAAUCCCGCUAGAGCCUACGGUCUAUGUGCCCGGAGUGGGCGAUACAGUGAGUAGUGUAGGGUCUCUUGCGCUUGAGCGGGAUGAGGAUUACUUCGCUCUUCAGCGGGAACGCUCGAUAGCAGAUCGUGUUGCGCAAUUUGCGGCAUAUCCUACACCACCCGAGUCACUAGAUUCGCCCACAAUCAGGUCACCAUUUUUGCCAGUAGAACCAGAAGUGGAGAAUAACGAUGCGCAACCGCGCUUUCCAACUCCUUACCAAAGAAGAGGUGCGGUAAAGCCAACCGGCAAAAACUACAUCUUGAAUAUGUACCGUCAAGCAUCACUCCCAGAUCCUCACCAGGCAGAACACCCUCUCGCAUUCCCAGAGCAUUUCACUUUUGGUGAAAAUGCCUAUACACCUUUCUACAGCAUCCAUGCAAUGCGUGAGAAUCCAAGUGAUGAUACCUUUAGCGAACUGAGUCUUCUUCGCCGAGAUCCAGUGACCGGCCUGGAUACCUCAGUUAUAACACUGGGACUUGAGCCUCCUUCCCGCCGCAUUUCUCCGGCAGGAGAUGGAUUGAUCACUCUCAUCUACCCUAAGGAAGCAGUUCUCUCUGCAAUGUCCCCUAAAACCCCAACAGUUCCGGCUAAAGCCGACCAGCUUCUCGGCCCUCGUAGGAAGAGAGGCGACGAAGAAAGAGCCAGGGAAGCCAUUCAAAAGGCCUACGCAACUGAGUGCUGCAGACUUAGCUGGAAUGCAGCACGGAGAAGAUAUUACUUAUAUCACCCUGGUAUUGGCAACGGCGGGGAUGCCUAUCUCGUUCAGAUUGAAGGCGAAGUUGGAUUCGACAACUUGGGCGCCAAGGGCUGCAUCAAGUUAAUUAACGUUGAUACAAACGAAACUCUUGUGGAAUUGGACUUUACACGCAAGAUGCUGUUCAUUGAUACCAAUGCGACCAACAAGAUCCCCUCGGACCACAUUGUUGAUGUGGCCGUGUCUACCGUCCUCACUGUUGCAACGGUCGAGGGUAGACGCAUGAGGAUGGUACGCCAGAGUCAGUCAUAUUACUCGAAUACUGUGUCUGCACCAUUAUCAUCGCGACACAUUAGCAACCAAUACAGCGAAAAACGAAGCCGCAAGCAACGCGGCUUCUCAAACUUUCUUAGAAAACUCUGCUUCUGA